AUGACGACCAAAAGAGAAUUCGAGGACGUCGACGAAGGCGAUGCUUCCAAGCCUAAACCGAAACGAUCCAAGAAGCACGGCGGCAAAGCGCGACAACAUCAAAACUCCGGCAUCGAUCCGACCUGGGGCCAGAAAUAUGUCUUUGCAGAUAAUGAGCAUGCGACUACGAUUCCCGCAGGCGAAGAGUCAGAGUUCGAGGAUGAUACGGAUGCUAUGGCGUAUCUGAAUUCAGUUCGACAACAAGCCGCCGGAAUCCCCCAUUUACUCGUUGCGCCUAAAGUCCAAAUUGGACCCCAGUUACCUGCUGAACUUAGAGGCGACGACCAAGAUGACGAGGAUGGACCUGUCGACAGGGGCAUAUAUAACGAUGGCGUUGGCGAUUCUCGAGGCUGGUACGAAGAUGGCGCGUAUAUGGCGAUGCCCGACGAUGCCGAUGGAGAAGGUGACUACGAAGAAGGGGAAUACCCAGAAGAUGAAGACGACUACGACGAAGUAGCGGCUAUACGCGAAGCCUACUUUGCCUCCGUUAUGGAACAGUACCUCAACCUACGAAACAUCCUCCACGCCGAACCUCCCCAGAACGCCCGCUCUCGCCUCGCAAAAGCACAACUCAAAACCGAAGCUCCUGCAGACAACCAGUCCUCUGUCAUAGCUACCUGGUCGCGACUCCUACGCGACACCGAUCCACAUCCACUUCAGGUCGCCCAUAUGUCUAAAGACACCACACUGCGAAUCCUGCGCAUUAUGCUUGGCGGCAAGUUUCUUCGCCGUGGCUACACACUUCCAGAACGUACGAGUCGUUGGAUAUGGGCAUUACUUGCGCGACUCCCAAAUAAGGGUGAGCUGAACUACGCUGAGAUUGGCUGGAUUCGUGACCUAGGACGAAGAGCAGUCCUUCUGGGCAGAAGUUUAGCAGAGAUGGCUGCGCUGAGAGAUGAAUUAGCAGAAGGUGGACUGGGCGCGCACGAAGCUGUUGAUAGAAGCAGUAGUGACGAAGAUGUCAUGGCUGAUCCAGAAGACCUUGAGAUUGAAGGUGCUGUCAGCGCUGAUGAGGACGAAGAGGAUUCCACACAAGCCGAAACUGAACAGGAAGUCGACCAAGCACCCAAAGCCAUGGAACCUACCACAACUUCGCCGCCAAAGCCUGAUGCAGAGGAAGGUGAGAUAGACGAGGACGAGGAUGUGGCUAUGGAUAUUGCAUCCGACUCAGACGCCGAAGAAGGUGAGGUCGCAGCCGCAGGGCCCCAGGAGAGUCUUGAAGCAGCAAAAGAGCGACUGCUCGCCCAGCUUAAGAGCGGGCCGGUUCCAGACGACGAUGAUGAUGCGGAGAAGGAAGCUGCCAAACAGCGAUUACGGUCGAAUCUUCGCGCUACUCUCAACAUGAUUUUGACAGUAGCUGGUGAGUUUUACGGGCAGAGAGAUUUACUCGAGUUCCGCGAGCCAUUCAUUGGCAUGUAA